UUUAUUAUAAGCAAAUUGAAUUACGUAUUAAACACACGAGAUAAAAAUGAAUACACGUUCAAACGGAAGACGUAAUUCAGUGCUAUUAAGAUUGGAUAGUGGAUCAAAGGCUCAAAAAUGUAGACGCUCAAGUUCAUCAGUGCUAGAACCGUUGGAAGAUAUGGUCACAUGUCCAAUUGAUUUAAAUUUUUUAGAUAACCCAAAAUUAUUACCAUGUGGUCAUGCCUUCUGUUGUAAAUGUUUAAAUAAAUAUAUGGAAAAAUUGACAACAUCUCCAACCAAUGCUAGAAAUACUACUACUGCUUCCAAUAAUAAUAGUCACAACAAUAAUAGUCGUAAUAAUCAUAAUAACAACACGAAUACCGGUAAUCUUCGAGAUCAUAGAAAUGAUAAAUCCAAUGAAAAAACAUCAUUUCCUUGUCCAAUAUGCCGUGCAUUAUGUCCAAUUCCAGCUACACGUAAUGCUGAUUCAUUUCCCAGCGCUUUUAAUCAUAAAGCAAUUUUAGAAUUUUUAAAAAAUAAUCAUAUUAGUAGUUUUGUAUCACGUAUGAAUAAUAAUAAUAAUAAUAAUAAUAAUAAUAAUAAUAAUAAUAAUAAUAAUAAUAAUGGAAUGAUCGAACAAACUGAUAGCGAUGGUAAAAGUCCAGUACCUACUCGUAAAACAUCAUUACAAGUUAGUUCAAGAAUGUUAAAUUACAUAGUAGAUGAUAUUGCAUCAAGACAGCGUGAAGGACGAAUGAAUGCAAUUGAUCGUGCUGUAAUCAUUGAUGAAUUUAAAGAAAUUUUAGUAAAUUUACAAGCAUUCGAUGAUAAAUUACCAUUAACAUCUUUAAAUAAUAAUAAACAAAAUUCAUUAAAUAUAAAUAAUAUAAACUCAUUAGAUAAAAAUGCUAGUCAUGAUACUAAUAAUAAUGGUAAUAAUAAUGGUUGUACUACUAUUAAUCAAAAUACUAAUCCACGUUCUAGUACACCAUCUACUAUUUCACCAACUAAUUCAAUACGUCAGUUUGGUCGAUUUCAUGCUGCAGCAUCACGUAUACGUAGACUUACAGCAAGUUCAAUAUCAUCAAAUGAUCUAUUACCGGUAGAAACAACAUCAUCUUAUAUAUCAUAUCGUGAUGCUGAAGGUUUACGUAUAAUGAUGGAACGUAAUUCUAAAUUUCAUGUACUUACUAAAGGUAAAGAUUGUUGUAUUAUGCGACCAGGUGAAAUGUAUCAACCUGUUGAUAUGAAAUUAAUGAUCAAUCAUGAAGAUAACAAUUGUAACAUACAUCGUUUUACAUUAACAACAAAUUUAAAAUGUGAUGAAUUAUUAUUAUGGAAACAGCAAUUACAUUUUAACAAUGGAUUUUUCAAUCUUAUUCAUAAUAAUCAUAAAUAUGGAUUAAAUCAAAUUAGUAGUCAAAUUAUUGUUGAUAAUUCAAAUCCGAUUAAAAUUUUGUAUUUACGUUUUCAUGGUUCUGUUAUUUAUUUAACGGGAAUUAUUACACCGAAUACAUCAACUGCAUCUACAUUGAAUGAGGCAGAAGGACUAGACUCUAUAGAGAAGUCGGAAUUUGGUAUUCUAGUCUGUUGUACAAUUUCUGAUGAAGAUCAUUCGAAUAAAAAUAAUACAGCUACUUUGGUCAAUGGUGCUGGUAGGAAUACUAAUAAUAAUCGUGAAACCAAUACUGAAUCAAAUCAAGAUACAUCAUCGUCGUCGACUAAUCCAUUCCCAAUUAUAGCUACUUCAAGUUUAUUUUAUCGUGAUGCCGUUGGUUUAGAAAGACAGGAUCAACCAAUUGUCUUUGGCAUAGAUAUUGAUCAUACUAACGGUGAUAUUUAUAUUGCACAACCAGCGAAUGCAAUGAUAUGUCGUUUAAAAUCGAAUGAUUUAACUAGAAUUGAUCGUACCUGGUAUUUAAAUGAUCCACAAUUAUCACCUUACUUUUUAUGUUUAGCUAAAAAUGAACAAAAUGUUUGGGCAACAUGUCCAACAGAAGAUAAAGUGUUAAUUCUAGAUAUUGAUAUUGAUGGAUAUUUUCAUUUUACACCAAGUAUUUCAUUCAAUAUAGUACCUGGACAUAUAAUUUACACAUCAGAUAAUCGUAUCAUAUUAUUAGAUCAAUCUAAUUAUGAUUUGUAUUGGAUAACAAGAAUUGAAAAAGCAAUUUGUGUUCAACGUUUAUAUUAUAAUAUCGGUAGUCAUCAAUCAAAGAAAUUUCAAAUUAUGGCUAUACAACCAGUAUACAGUGAUGAAAUUGUUCACACUGCUAAUACUACUACUAAUACCAAGAGUAGUAUUAAUGCUUUGUCCCAUUCAAACCAUCCCCAUCAACAACAAACUAAUCAUAAUAAUGGUAACACACACAAUCAUUCUAAUGAGAAUGGUAAUAAUAAACUGAAAUUAUUUUCAAAACAUUCCUUUACUACUGUUACAUCAUUAUCACCAUCAUCACAGUCAAUUGAUAAGCUACUUGGUGGUAUUAUGUGUGCGCAUAAUUACGGCUGUACUGUGAUCUAUCCACAAAAAUUAUUUUCACGUAAUAAAUCGGCUAAAAUAUCAUCUUGCCUAAAUUUGUGCGGUAGGAUAUAACGAUGACGAAAAGGAAUCAGGGGUUUCCGUAAUUUCACAAUUCUUCACUGUUUUAAACAAAACAAAAAUGGAGGAAAUUAGUCAAAGGGCGUAGAAUAAAGAUAAAUAGUAGAAUGAUCCAGGAUGAAAGUAACAUUCAAUGAAAAUUUGCUUGUUCUGCUUAUUUGUGUUUCUUCUCUUUUUAUUACUGGAAAACAAUUUUCUUCAAAUGAAUUUAUUGUUGCAUUUAUAUUUUGUAAAAAAAUACAAAAAUAACGCCAAAAAAAACAACAGUCCAACUCAUUUCUAUCAAUUCAUAUUAAUUAAUUCAUAGCUUCUACCUGUGUGCCUCUUCACAUCACUUAAUACAUACAAAUGUUUUAACACUAAUUCAAUUGAGCACAUUGAAUACAGCAUAUAUAACACUCAUCAUUGUCAUACCUUUCUCUUAAGGUGGUUAUCAAUAAGAUUUUGGAAGAGAGAAAGAGAGAGGACAUUUUCUGGUUUUGUUACUUAAUAUUUUGACUUUUUAAUAAUGAAAUUAUCAUAUUGUAUUUAUUUCACAGUAACUGCCCCAUUUUUUGUUUGCCACAUCUAUUUCAUGAUUUGUCUACUUCCCUUUUUUAAUUUUAAACAAUUCAUAUUAUUAUUGUUAUUUUAAAUUUUAGUUUGUAAAUGGUUUUACAUAAUACAAUCAGUUUGUAUAGUUGUGUAUUAUGGAUACACUACACAUUAAGAUAAAUUUACCAAUCUCAUUAUUUAUCUUCAGCUUGUCAUGCAUAAUUUAAAACAAAAAACAAGCUAAGAAAUUCUAUUUGAAAAGAUGUUUUUAUUUUAUUUGAAUGAAUCACUAAA